AUGUCAGUCGAGUUCUAUGUCAUCAGUCGCGAACCGACGCCGUCCACGCCCUCUCACUGGACACAGCCCACCCAUCUCGUUUUCCUUUGCUUUCUUUUUGCGCGCUCAUCUUUGCUGCACGUAAUCAAGAGGGACGUGUUGGGGGAGAUGGAAGGGGCACGCCAAUUAUGCCUCGGCCGAAACGAACCCUUCUUUCUCUGCCUUUACCCUUUUCUGCCGCCUUUCCUGGGCUUCCUCUACCCGUACGGAGUUAUGUACUCUCCAGGGCAGGUUGUAUUAGCUCCAAGAAGUUGCAGCAUCCUCCCCCUGCCCAUCACAUAUCCUCAAUCUCUGCCCGCCUCCGCCGCCCGUCAACCCCCCACCUCGAUGAGCAAAAAUUUUUGUCCAACAAUGUUACGAUUUGGGCAUGAGCUGCCCCGAUUCCAUCCAUUGAGGAAGAAUCAAACGCUAUGCAGAUACGUCGCCCCUCCCCUCAUUCCCCAUCCGCGGACCGCAGCACCGCAGGUAUCGCACGUCAGUUCCUCGAGGAGGAGUCCACAGCCUUAG